CUGCUUGUUUGUCAACACUUUCGUUAACACAAAUUGUUGUCAAAACCGGAAAAGUCCGAAGUUGACGAAAAAUUCAAGGGAACUUUUGUAUGUAAACUUUUGCUGUCAAACUGUGCUAUUAGAAAGGAUACGUCACCUUAAGCGUAUUUUACAGAGUACAUGUGAACUAGUUUAUAAAUUUUAAGAUGUAUUUAUAUUUUUUUUUUUUAUCUAUUAUCUCUUAGUUGUCAUGUUUUCAUUGACUAUGAUUUUUAUACAUACUAUAAUUAGUAUAAGUUGUUGAAUUGUUUAAAAAAACUUACUUUAAUUAUAUAAAAAGUAAAAUUCAGUUAAAAUUGUAUUCGAUAGUAUACAAAGUGAAAUCUUAAGAUAUUCGAAUAAUAAUACCAAAUUCGAAACAAUCACAAGAUAAAUGUGUUUUCAUUAAAAUUAUUAACAUAUUUUUUUAGUUAUAAAUACACUAUUGUUGAUUAUUACUUUGCGUAUAUUUAUUUGCUUAUAAAUUUAUGUAUAUAAAUAUAUUUCUUUGACAAAAUGAAUGAUUAUCAACUGGAGAGUUUAAUUAAAUGGUUGAACACAUUUGAUCUGGUUGCUGAACAUUCAUCACCAGAGGAACUUAGCGAUGGAGUUGCAGUUUCAGAAGCAUUGAACCAAAUCGCUCCUGAUUGGUUUAGCACAAGUUGGAAAUCAAAAAUAAAAACAAAUAUAGGAACAAAUUGGCGACUUCGAGUAAGUAAUCUUAAAAAAAUUGUUGAAGCUAUCAUGGAGUAUUACAGUGAAUUUUUAAGUCAACCUUUAUCUGGAUACAUUAAACCUAACGCUUCAAAAAUAGGAGAGCAAUGCGAUCUCAAAGAACUUAAAAAACUUCUACAAUUAGUUCUUGGUUGUGCUAUUAAUUGUACGCACAAGCAACAAUAUAUAACAUCAAUCAUGAAAAUGGAAGAAACCGUUCAGCAAGCAAUUAUGCAAAAUAUUCAGGAAUUAGAGGAUAGUAUACAUGGCUCACGUUUGAGCCUCGGAGCAAGUUUGAAUUUUGAAUCAAUGGAUAUUGGAAAUGGAUCCCACCAAAAAUUAUUAGAUGAUCUACAAACAAAUAUUGAUUUAAAGGACCAGUUAGGACAGCGGUGUCAUGAGCUUGAUCUGCAAUUAUCUUUACUACAAGAAGAAAAAGCUUUACUUAUUUCUGAAAAUAAAAAAUUGCAAAAGUAUCUUGAAGAAUUGGAAAAUUCCGAACAUUCCGUUCCAAGUUUAAAAUAUUCCGGAUUAAGGAAGCAAAUUGAUUCUUUGAAAGAGGAAAUUUUUAAAAUAGAAACUUCUAGAGAUGACUAUCGACUGAGGACAGAAUUACUAGAAAAAGAGAUUUUUGAAUUACAGUCAAAACAAGAGGAAUUACACAAAUUAGCUGAUGAAGCGAAUACAUUGAAAGACGAAAUUGAUGCUUUACGUGAAACUGCUGAUAAAGUAGCCAAGUAUGAACUUACGAUUGAGUCUUAUAAAAAAAAAAUGGAAGACAUGAGUGACAUGAGACGGCAAGUACGAAUUUUAGAAGAUAAAAACUUUGAAUAUGCGAAAUUAAAAGAAGAACACGAAGAAGAAAUAAAAAAAUCAUUAGUUACUCGUAAUCAUUUAGAAUUAUGUAAGCAACAGUUAUCAGAAUGUUGUCAUAAACUCAAUGAACAAAUUACGAAGUAUGAUGAACUUGAAUUCAAAUCGAAAAAAUUGGAGACAGAACUAAGAUCUAUGCAACGAGAAAAAGAACGAUUGAUAGUAGAACGUGACUAUUUAAAAGAAAGUAAUGAAGAGCUGAAAUGCGCACAAUUGCAAACGAUUGAUAAUGUAACUUCUACUAUAGUUCAUACUAUACCAGGUACGGAUGUGUUACCUAGUGAAAUGAAAGAGAAAUUAUUGCGUUUGGAAAGUGAAAACAAACUAUUAAAAUUAGAGCAGUUAGGUCAUGUUGAAAAAUUACCUACCGUCCAAGCUUUACUAGAUAAUUCUGAAAAACAAUUAAAUACUGUAAGAGGUCAAAAUUAUGCUGCUAAUCAACGUAUAAUGGAGUUAGAAACUAAAUUAGAACAGCUAACUGAAUAUCAAAGUGAAAAUAAUAAAGCUGAUAAUAGCAUAUUGCAACAAAAAAUUUUUCAAUUACAAAAUGAAAACAAAUUAUGUGGAAUUGAUCGCGAGCAAUUAACAUUACAGUUGGAAGAAAAAGAAACGACUAUUCAAUCAUUGAAACAAAAAAUUAUAAAUCUUCAAGAUAACAUUUUGCACAAGGAAUUUGAAAUUUCCGCUUUAGAAGAAAGAUACAAAAAGUAUAUUGAAAAAGCUAAAACUGUAAUCAAAAGUAUAGAUCCUAAGCAAAAUAAUUAUCCAUGUGAAGUACUCCUAUUACGUAAUCAAAUAAUUGAAAAACAUAAAAUUAUUGAUAACAUGAAACAAUCUUUGAAUGAAUUCAAAUUACUCAAUGAAAUGGAAGAGAAAUUAAUAAUAUCAGCAUUCUAUCACUUGGGGUUCAUUUGUCAACGAGAAUUGGUAGAUCAGCGACUUCUGGUUUUUAAUUCUAAUCAAGGGAAUUCUUUUUUAACACGUCAACGACAAUUCCCUGUAAGACGAACAAUUAAUUAUUCAAUAUUCAAUUCUAAAUAACUUUAUUUUUUUAAGUGUAUUUUUAUGGAACGUUUUUAUUUUAAAAUUAUAAAAAUUGAAGUAAACAUUUAUGCAAAGCUAAAUUACGACAUUUCAAAAUAAAAUUUUGUUAAUAAAUAUGAA